GCUGUCAGUCAAUAAAACCAUCAAACAAUUGUGGAUUACAACAGACCGUGCACUUUUCAGUCAGGCUUUCAGGAAAGUCUGCCUUUCGCCGUACGAAGGCCUCGGUGGUGUGUUUUGACACAAGACUUUCAGCCAUGAGCUUGCUGUAUGACAAAGUCGUAAACAUCAUCAACAAAAGUCCGGCCGACAGACAAGAUGGCGAGAUUGAGCAGAUCUUACCUUGGUUCAGGAAGAAAUCUGACCUCUUCAAGUCCUUGCAUACAGGUAAGAACCCAACAUUUUUACCUCUUCAAGUCCUUACAUACAGGUAAAAGUCCCACAUUGUGACCUCUUCAAGUCCUUACAUACAGGUAACAGUCCCACAUUGUGACCUCUUCAAGUCCUUACAUACAGGUAAAAGUCCCACAUUGUGACCUCUUCAAGUCCUUACAUACAGGUAAAAGUCCCACAUUGUGACCACUUCAAGUCCUUACAUACUGGUAAACGUUUCAGACUAAUGUAUAUAGUUGAAGAAGCCCAGGCCGUAUGAUUUCAUCCUACAAUGUAACACCACCAUCACAUUGUGACGGACGGAUGCCAGAAAGAUAGUUGAUUACAAAAAAUGUCUAAAAUUAGAAUAAUGAGUCAAGUCUAAUUUUAACAGCCCAGUUAAAAGUUGCCACCUUUCAACUUUUUACAACUUUGUUGCACCAUCUGCAGUUGACGUUCAAUUUUUUUCAAUGUCCCAUAUUAUAUAUUCUAGAUAUCGUCAAGGACAUAGUCAAGAAUUGCAAAUUCUCACCGACGAAGCGAGACAGUGUAAUAAUCAGACAGAUGGACAAAGGCGAUUGGUGAGUUGUUUUUUUUUUCUUUCUUUCCGAUGCAUUCUUCAUACAUAUUUCAAGGGACAUAUUGAAAGAAUAUCUAAGUAAUCAAAUAGUAGAAAUAGUUACCUAACUAAAACUGUGCCAAACGGUUUCUCAAGUGCUCACUGUCAUCCGCACAGCUUUAAUUCGUUGCUUUAAACCACCCACGUUACGUCCUUAGCUUCUACAUAAUCCUGAGCGGCAGCGUAGCCAUCCACAUCAACACCACACUGACAGAGGAAGAGUACCCCGCCGUCAAGGAGGGUCAGAUGAUCGAGGAGGCCCUGGUGGAGAAGGAGGCCUUGCUCGGACGGCCGCUAGACAGGUCAAAGUAUGGGAUCUAUGUCGGUAAAAUAGGUAAUCACGUGGUUCAUUUUAAAUAG